CGUCUAUUUCUCCAGAUGGUUUUCCGAUCUCGAUUGGCGCCGGCUGCUCUUACUCCUUCCACCUCGCCUGACCUCACCAAGGUCACCAUCAUCAAAUUCCUCUGCAACACCAACAUCGCCUCCAGCCCCACCCACGUUGGCUGGCGCUGCAAAUCGGACGGCGACGGCAUCUCCCUCGUCGGCGCUCGCAAAAUCUGCCUCGACCGCAUCAGGAAACUCGCUGACAACUGCACCGGUCUUCAAGGGUUCUUGGUCUUCAAUGCCGUCGGUGGCGGUACCGGAUCGGGUCUCGGAUCAUUGCUUCUGGAGCGGCUUUCGGUUGACUACGGAAAGAAAUCCAAGCUGGGAUUCACUGUGUACCCUUCUCCUCAGGUUUCUACAUCUGUUGUGGAGCCUUACAACAGUGUUCUCUCCACCCAUUCUCUGCUGGAGCACACCGACGUGUCUGUGUUGCUCGACAAUGAGGCCAUCUACGACAUCUGCCGCAGGUCCCUCGACAUCGAGCGUCCUACCUACACCAAUCUGAAUCGCCUAGUCUCUCAGGUCAUUUCUUCGUUGACAGCGUCGUUGAGGUUCGACGGAGCUCUGAAUGUGGAUGUGACCGAGUUCCAGACUAACUUGGUUCCAUACCCCAGGAUCCAUUUUAUGCUUUCCUCGUAUGCUCCGGUGAUCUCUGCUGAGAAGGCGUACCACGAGCAGCUCUCGGUGGCUGAGAUCACCAACAGUGCAUUUGAGCCUGCUUCCAUGAUGGCCAAGUGUGAUCCCCGCCAUGGCAAGUACAUGGCCUGCUGCUUGAUGUACCAUGGUGAUGUCGUUCCCAAGGAUGUGAAUGCCGCUAUGGCCACCAUCAAGACCAAGAGAACAAUCCAGUUUGUGGAUUGGUGCCCUACUGGGUUCAAGUGCGGUAUCAAUUACCAGGACAUCAACUGUUGAGACAGGUUUCUGAUA